GGGAUGGGGUUGCUUUGUGCAGGCUCUGGGAAGUUCGUGUUUUUAAUUCUGCUGUAUUGGGAAGGUGCUGUUAAAGUUGUCAGCUCACUUGUGUUUAGGUAACUAAUCCAGAACCAAGAAUCUUUCUUGCUUUUAGUGAGGCACAUUGAUGGAAAUGGAGAUUUUAGGACAUAUGGACAUAGAACGUAAUGGUGUGCAUUGAUAAUUGGAAGAAAGGGCAAUAAGUAUUUGCAUCUCUUCUUGUGAACAUGUCUUCUUUAUGUGGCUUGAGGUAGGGUUUUUUUUCAGAUUCUCUUAUUUUCAUUAUCAUUAAAAUCUUUUGAAGAGUAACACAGAGUUGUUUCAAAUUGCUUCUCUCUUUAUCCAGCAGCUUUCAGAGUGUUAUCAUCCCACCUAAAACUGGGUUACUUCUUUCCAGGUGCCUUUCUUCUCCUGUUCCCUUUUGCCUUUCCUCUCCAGGGUUGACAUCAUACAUUCUGCAUUGGAGAGGGCAGAAUUCCUGAGAACAGCCGACACUGUUUGGAAAGGAUUGUAUCUGUGGCCAGUUGUCUGAAUGUUAUUUAUUAUAUAUACAGAACUGUUAACUCUCUGUCUAAAUGUUUCCCAUUUUAAGACUGUUCCUCACCAUGCAGAUUCACCUUGACUGCUCUUUAAAACUAAUUUUCCACCUGAAAAUAGGACCCUUACCUUGCUAGUCAGUGUUAGCAAUGUAUUUGUUUGCUGCAUAUCUAUGUAACUUUACUACUAUUACAGUUUCCAGUUCAGCUAGCUGUCUUACCUCUCCGCUUUUAAUUCAGAUUUUUGGGAAGCAUACCUUUUAAGUCAGAUAAAUGGGAAAGGCGGAAUAAAGAGUAUUAAAAAGUUUGGUCCAGUCCUCAGUAGUGUUCAACUUUUGGUUACUGCAGUUGGGAGAUUAUGAAAAGUUUAACUUUUUUUUUAAGCUUCUUAAAAUUUUCUCAUAAUCACUGGUUUUGAAUCCAGCAGCUGUGUUACUCAAUGCAUCAAACCCUAAAUGUCCAGCUAUGAGUUUUAAAUGGGCAAGGUAAACAAUUGUGUAUUUUUUUCUUACGACUUCUAAAGCAAAUGUUAUACCUAUAAAAAAACAAGGUUAAGAAAAAUAGGUGCCUACAAUUUGUCAAUAUCAACUGUUAUUUUCUAAAGUUCUGUUUUAAGGGUUUAAAGUUCCAGCGCUGAUUUUCAAUAUUUUCUAAAGAUAGGAGCUUCUGUGAUAAGUAGCUAUUGCUUGUUCAGUGGUCUUUUGAGAAUUUAAAGCACUUGCCUGGCUUGAUCUGAAAUUGAUGAAAUGUAGCUGUAUUAUAACUUACCAGUGAAGUUAGAACCAUUUAGAAAGGGUUUUCUGAAGUAUUUUCUUGAAGUCCGUCUAUAAAAGCAGUCAUUUUAAUGAAGACUUUGAAUAUUACAGUUUCUCCUUAUUCUCAUGAACAAAACUUAAGAUUUUGUUUUCCAGCUCUUUCCCUUAGGGGUUAAAUAUCUUGGAAAUAAUCUUACCCUAAUCUGGAGAACUCAAGGAACGCCUCAUGAAUGAGCAUUAUGGUGACUGGCACUCGAGUGUUGUGUGAGGUGCAAGUGCAGUGCAGGUCACUGCAAUGAUUAAAAGGUGAAACUGGUUAAUGGGAUCCAUGGAACCCGUGUGCCCACAGCAGCUCCUUGGCUAUUUGUUCAAACUGUCCUGCACAUCUAAAUUUCUUGCAAUGAUAAGUGGUGUUGAUGCAGACAGGUAUUCUACACAGGAAUAUUGCCUGCAGGACAGAGACAGAUUUCUCCUUCCCUAUCUAGACUGCUGCUUCUAGAAAUUUUUCAUCUAGGUUUCUGAUUCCUCUGUUUUAGAAGGCUUUGUAAUUAGGAAAAUUCAGGACAAGAGGAGAUAAAACAGAAGCAGGAGGGGAGAAAGAAGCAAAGGUCAUGUAAAGUGAGGAGGAGUGGUGCAGUACCAGGAGUAUAAGGAGAUGUUGCUUUUGGUAGACUGGUAGAACUGUGUAAAAUGGGUUUGGCACUAACAGCCAUUCCUUUGAAGUACUUUUGUCCUGUUUUUUUAAAAAAAUAUGGCUUGGUUAUUUUUCUGCCUUAGACUGAAAAGUAGAUUGGGACAACCUCUGCUUUUUUCUCUCGUUUUUGAUUUGCCCAUGUGUUCUGAGUUCAGUACUGAGAAAUUGUAGCUCCCUACUGUGCAAAAAACACCUUUAUUUUAAGCUUCUUUAUAUUCCUCUGUUGAUUACUGUGCACUUGUAUGGAUCCUUAAGGAGUUCUGUAAUACAUGGGAAUGAUGAUCUCGUUUAGAUUCUUAUCCCCCAAGUUUUCAGCAUCUGUAAGGGGGCAAAAUCCAACUUUAUCAGAUAGAACAGACACACAAAGAAAUGUUUACUUUGAUAACAAAAGAGGCUCAGUGCUCACAAAGAUUUUCUGGAAGGAUUUUCUUUAGUUAGAGUGCAUAGUUUGACAACUUCAAAAUAAAGAAUACUAUAAUAUAUUGAUACUUUUAUUCACAGCUUCAACUGAAAUGACACAAUCAAUGACUUCAGCAAGUUUUAAGUAGUUUUCUGUCUAUCCUUAGCAACAGAUUUCUGUUAAGUAGGAGGAUAUAACUCAGUGUGUGCUUACAAAAAUAGGAAAACUGCUUUUGUCUCAGAUGACUCCGUAGUAUCUUACAUGUUUACAUCUCCUUUACUGUAGCAUGACUUUUUAGACUAUAGGGUUGAUUUAAUAAAUAAACAGUAUAUGGAGCAUUUCUCUUACAGGUCACUUUGCUGAAUGUGUGAUACCAGCAAAGACCAAGCUGACUUCCCUCUUUGAUGCCAAAGACUAAAUUGCUCCUAUGGAGACUCCAAAAGAUUCAGAACAUCACGUGUCCACUGAGAACUCGGAGCAUGGCUAUGAGCAACACCAGUGACUCUGUGGUCCUGAGCAAUGGCAGCAUCUUGUCAAAUGCUGCCGGCCCAGGGGUUGUUGCAGCGAGUGAUGGAGACAUCACGGUCCAACAACUCCCAUCCAAGGAAACGCCAAGAACAAAACCAAGUCCAAAUGGCUGCCUGCAACUAAAUGGUACAAUCAAACCAUCCUUUCUGCCUUUAGACAACCAAAGAACUCAGCAGAUGUUGUCGCAAUGCUGCCACCUUUGUCCAUACCACCAUUCUUUAAGUAGCCAUAAUAGCAAGCAAGAAUGUCAUUCAGUGGUUGGCAGCUCAGCACCAUCUCCUAUGACCUCGUGCUGCAUGCAGCCACACACUGAGUACUCAGCCUCUAUUUGCCAAAAACACACCCCUAUCUAUCAGCCUGCCUGCUGUCUUCAGCCCUCCCCAUCCUUCUGCCUUCACCAUCAGUGGCCUGACCAUUUCCAGCAUCAGCCUGUGCAGCAGCACAUAGCCAGGAUAAGACCAACCAGACCAUUCAAGUUACCAAAAAGCUACGCCGCGCUCAUCGCCGACUGGCCCGUGGUGGUCCUGGGCAUGUGCACCGUGCUCAUUGUGGUGUGUGCACUCGUGGGAAUAUUAGUUCCAGAUCUUCCAGAUUUCUCUGAUCCACUGCUGGGUUUUGAACCCAGAGGGACAGCCAUAGGACAGAGAUUGGUCACCUGGAACAACAUGGUGAAAAACACAGGGUACAAAGCAACACUUGCAAACUAUCCUUUCAAAUAUGCAGAUGAGCAAGCUAAAAGUCAUCAAGAUGACAGAUGGUCAGAUGAUCACUAUGAAAGAGAGAAGAGGCAAGCAGACUGGAACUUCCACAAGGAUACCUUUUUCUGUGAUAUUCCAAGUGAUCGCUAUUCACGAGUGGUGUUUACAUCAACAGAAGGAGAGAAUUUAUGGAAUUUGAACGCAAUUAAGUCAAUGUGCAAUGUAGACAACUUGAGGAUCAGAUCCCAUUCCCAGUUUGGUGAUCUCUGCCAGAGAGCCACUGCUGCUUCGUGCUGUCCCAGCUGGACACUGGGCAAUUACAUUGCUAUUCUGAACAACAGGUCAUCAUGUCAGAAGAUUGUGGAACGGGAUGUGUCUCACACCCUAAAGCUGCUUCGCACUUGUGCCAAAUACUACUACAAUGGGACCCUGGGGCCGGACUGCUGGGACAUGAAUGCCAAAAGGAAGGACCAACUCAAGUGUACUAACGUGCCUCGCAAAUGUACCAAGUACAACGCUGUUUACCAGAUCCUCCACUACCUAGUGGACAAGGAUUUCCUAAGCCCAAAGACAGCUGACUAUGUCUUACCAGCUUUAAAAUACAGCAUGCUCUUCUCUCCCACUGAGAAAGGGGAAAGCAUGAUGAGCAUUUACCUAGAUAACUUUGAGAACUGGAAUGCUUCGGAUGGUGUAACAACCGUCACAGGGAUUGAGUUUGGAAUAAAACAUAGGUUGUUUCAAGAUUACCUGUUGAUGGAUACUGUGUAUCCUGCCAUAGCCAUUGUAAUUGUUCUAUUAGUUAUGUGUGUGUACACCAAGUCCAUGUUUAUCACGCUGAUGACUAUGUUUGCAAUAAUUAGUUCCUUGAUUAUUUCUUAUUUUCUCUAUCGGGUAGUAUUUAAUUUUGAGUUCUUUCCAUUUAUGAAUCUCACAGCAUUGAUUAUCCUUGUUGGGAUUGGAGCAGAUGAUGCUUUUGUCUUAUGUGAUGUUUGGAACUACACAAAGUUUGAUAAACCUCAUGCUGGAACCUCUGAGACAGUGAGCAUCACAUUGCAGCACGCUGCUCUUUCAAUGUUUGUCACGAGUUUUACAACCGCUGCUGCCUUCUAUGCUAAUUAUGUCAGCAAUAUCACAGCAAUCAGGUGUUUUGGUGUUUAUGCUGGCACUGCCAUUCUGGUGAAUUAUGUUUUGAUGGUUACAUGGCUGCCUGCUGUAGUUGUAUUACAUGAACGAUAUCUUCUCAAUAUUUUCAGUUGCUUUAAGAAACCUCAGCAGAGGGUAUACAACAACAAAAACUGCUGGACAGUGUUGUGCCAAAUGUUCCACAAGAUUAUUUUUGCAGUCUCAGAAGCAUCCAGAAUAUUUUUUGAGAAAGUUUUGCCAUGCAUUGUUAUCAAAUUUCGGUAUAUUUGGCUUUUCUGGUUCCUUGCCUUAACAAUUGGUGGAGCAUAUAUUGUGUGUGUGAAUCCAAAGAUGAAGCUGCCGUCGUUGGAGCUCUCCGAGUUUCAGGUAUUUAGGUCUUCUCACCCAUUUGAACGAUACGAUGCAGAAUACAAAAAACUUUUUAUGUUUGAACGUGUCCACCACGGAGAAGAGCUCCACAUGCCGAUUACAGUAAUCUGGGGUGUCACACCUGAGGAUAAUGGUGACCCUUUAAACCCUAAAAGCAAAGGAGAGCUGCAGCUAGAUACCAGCUUUAAUAUCGCUAGCCCAGCUUCACAGGUUUGGAUUUUACGUUUCUGUCAGAAGUUAAGAAAUCAAACCUUUUUUUAUCAGACAGAUGAACAAGACUUCACAAGCUGCUUCAUUGAAACAUUUAAGCAGUGGAUGGAAAAUCAGGACUGUGAUGAGCCAUCUCUUUACCCCUGCUGCAGCCACUGGAGCUUUCCAUACAAACAAGAAGUUUUUGAAUUAUGUAUCAAGAGAGCUAUAAUGGAACUAGAAAGAAGCACAGGGUACCAUUUAGAUAGCAAAACCCCAGGGCCUCGCUUUGACCUUAAUGACACCAUCAGGGCAGUGGUGUUGGAGUUCCAAAGUACCUACCUCUUCACACUGGCUUAUGAGAAAAUGCAUCAGUUCUACAAAGAGGUGGACUCAUGGAUUUCAAGUGAGCUUAGUUCUGCUCCUGAAGGUCUUAGCAAUGGUUGGUUUGUGAGUAACCUUGAAUUUUAUGACCUUCAGGACAGUCUUUCUGAUGGUACUCUGAUUGCCAUGGGCCUUUCAGUUGCCGUUGCAUUUAGCGUAAUGCUUCUUACAACUUGGAACAUAAUCAUAAGCCUUUAUGCAAUAGUUUCAAUAGCUGGAACUAUUUUUGUCACUGUAGGUUCUCUGGUUCUUCUUGGGUGGGAGCUGAACGUGUUGGAAUCUGUGACAAUCUCGGUGGCUGUCGGCUUGUCAGUGGACUUUGCUGUUCAUUACGGAGUGGCUUACCGCUUAGCCCCUGACCCUGACCGAGAGGGGAAGGUCAUUUUUUCUUUAAGCCGGAUGGGUUCUGCCAUUGCAAUGGCUGCCUUGACUACAUUUGUAGCUGGGGCAAUGAUGAUGCCCUCGACAGUGUUGGCAUACACGCAGCUUGGCACUUUCAUGAUGCUUAUAAUGUGCAUUAGUUGGGCUUUCGCAACGUUUUUCUUCCAGUGCAUGUGCCGAUGCCUUGGGCCCCAGGGCACCUGUGGCCAGAUCCCACUACCAAAAAAACUGCGGUGUAAUGCCUUCUCUCAGGCCUUUUCAGGAGCCCAAGGGGGCAGGGGUCAAAACAAAUCACAUCCUGUUAGCAAGUAUCAGCUGGACUCCAGAAGUCAAAAACCAGAAAUGGAGCAUGAGCACUAUGAGCUUGAACCUCUGGCAUCACAAACCGGAAUCUGUAACCCUGCGGAGAAAGUGACGUACGAAGAGACUCAUAUCUGCUCAGAGCUCUUCAGCAGCAGGCCCCAAAACUCGUGUGUGCCUAUGCAUCCAGCCUAUAACAGUGAAGUGAGUAAAGGCAUCAAAAACGUUGCUAAUUCAGCUGUGCUGCCGACAUCUAUUGACCAACACACCAUAUGCCCGAUUUUCUCUCAAAACAGGCAGUGUAGCUGUCCUGAUGCAUAUAAGCAGGUGGCAGUGAAGUGGAGUCCGCACUCCUGUCAGCAGUUAAGUGAUGCCUUCUGUUACCAGUGCUCUCCUUCCCCAGGGACUGUGCAGAUCCAAAGCUCUGUAGCUCCUAUAAAUGCUUUACAGCAAGCUGCCGAGGGUUACGUGCAUCCAGUCCAGCAUGUCCUCCAUUGCAGCUGCCUUCAAGGAAGGCUCAAAAGAACGAUGACACAAAACUCUUUGCCUAAAAACUUUUUCCUGCAGUCUGUGCAACAAUUCCAGGCACAUCAAAGAAUAAACAGGACAGAUACACAUGCUCAUCAAAACCCAGAGGAAAACGUAAGAACUGUUCCAAAGGUGAUGAGCUCCUCACAGUUCCUCUGCCGAAACGCAGCACCUCUAAUAGUGCGUUGCUCUGAAUGUGAGAACAGCGUCUCAAAUAACCAAAAGGGAUUCUGUCAGCAGACAGACAAGUGUGAUGAAAAGGGUGGUACAGAAGCAAAUGGGGUGGAAAGCAAGAAAGCCUCUCUGUCCAAGCAGAAAAAGAAAGCUGAGAGCAAGAUAGAUCAGCGUUCUUUGCAGAAUGACCGAGUUUUGAAGGCUGACCAAAACGAUAGAAAACACCUGCUGACCAGGUCAGGCAGAGAGGCUCGCUCCGAGGGUUGCCAUGAAAGUUCACACUGUUGUGGCAAGGCAAUCGCAGUGAAGUGCAAUUCUGUUGACUGUCAAAUGCCAAACAUCGAAGCCAAUGUGCCUCCUAUGUUAAUGCGCCCAGAACUUUCCAAUGAAAGUUUGUUAAUAAAAACGCUAUAA